AUGGCUACCGAACACGUUAUGUCAUCGGUUUUCUCCAACGGAACGAUUGCUGCGCUUAUUGGCGAGGGCCAGGGCUUGAGCUACAGCCAAGUGCUUUCUAAUAUAAAGACCGUGCAACCACAACUAAACUUUAUGGAACAGUACUGGGCUGCUUGGUACUGCUACAUGAACAACGAUGUUUUGGCCACCGGGUUGAUGUUCUUCCUGCUACAUGAGUUUAUGUACUUUUUCAGAUGUCUGCCAUGGGCCAUCAUCGACCAGUUGCCAUACUUCAGAAAAUACAAGAUUCAACCAACAAAGAUUCCUUCUGCGAAGGAACAACUCUUCUGUUUGAAGUCUGUUCUCCUAUCCCAUUUCCUAGUGGAGGCUAUUCCAAUCUGGACUUUCCACCCAAUGUGCCAAAAGUUGGGUAUCAGCGUUGCUGUGCCUUUCCCAUCGCUAACCACCAUGGCUAAGCAAAUUGCCUUGUUCUUCUUCUUGGAAGACGCAUGGCACUACUGGUUCCACCGUUUGUUCCACUACGGUGUCUUUUACAAGUACAUUCACAAGCAACAUCACCGUUACGCUGCUCCAUUCGGUCUAGCAGCAGAAUACGCACACCCAGUCGAAACCUUGUCCUUGGGUUUCGGUACCGUUGGUAUGCCAAUCUUCUACGUCAUGUACACUGGUAACCUACAUCUAUUCACCUUGUGUGUAUGGAUCACCAUGAGACUAUUCCAAGCCGUCGACUCCCACUCCGGUUACGACUUCCCAUGGUCUUUGAACAAGUUCUUGCCCUUCUGGGCUGGUGCCGAACACCACGACUUGCACCAUCACUACUUUAUCGGUAACUACGCAUCUUCUUUCAGAUGGUGGGAUUACUGCUUGGACACGGAAGCUGGUCCAGAAGCUAAGGCUGAAAGAGAAGAAAGAAUGAAGAGAAAGGUUGAACAAAAAUCCAAGAAGGUGAACUGA